GAUCACAUUGCAAUUUGUGUAGGAUUUUGGAUUGAAGUUGCAUAAUUUUUAUUGCCGUGCAAUUUGCAGCUGAUUUUAUAACGCUUGAUAAUAUUUCGCCGGUUAUUUAGUUAUUGGUGUUUCUAUCAUUCUAUACGACGUCUCAUCCGACAAUGUUUGCCUCAGGGAGAAUCGGGACCUUUAUGCGGGCUGCAGGUGCAUGUCGUCAAAAACACACAUUGCCAGACAUUCCUUAUGAGUACAGUGCACUGGAACCUGUAAUUAGUCGGGAAAUUAUGUCUCUCCACCACUCCAAACAUCAUGCUACAUAUGUGAAUAACCUAAAUGUUGCUGAAGAGAAAUUGAAACAGGCUCAGGCAACAGGUGACAUUAACACUGUGAUCAGUUUGGCACCAGGACUCAAGUUCAAUGGCGGUGGUCACAUCAACCACACCAUUUUCUGGCAGAACCUCUCCCCCAAUGGCGGGAAGCCAUCCGAUGCUCUUGUCAAAGCCAUUGAAAAAGACUUUGGCUCCCUCGAUAGCAUGAAGAACGCUUUGGCCACUGCUUCUGUGGGCGUUCAGGGCUCUGGUUGGGGCUGGUUGGGCUAUAACAAGCAGACGAAAAAACUACAGAUUGCCACUUGCCAGAAUCAAGACCCGUUGCAGGCUACUACUGGUUUAAUACCCCUUUUCGGCAUUGAUGUCUGGGAGCAUGCCUACUACUUACAAUACAAGAACGUACGCGCUGACUACGUUAAGGCAAUAUUUGAUGUCGCUAACUGGAAGGAUAUCUCCUCCAGAUACGAGAAAGCAUUAAAUUGAAGCCUUUGCAUUUUUUAGAAUUACUUGAUAAAACUGCUGCAAUAUUCACGUAGUGAAACCGUGCAUUAAAUUAUGUGAUGCUUAUAUUAUAUAUUUAUGUUUAUAAAGGAGUUAAUGAGAAA